AUGGCUAAUAUUUGCUCUUUUGUUGCAUUGUUGUUUGGAUAUCUUUGCUUCACCACCAAUGCAAUCAGUCACUGCAAUGGAGAAUCCAAUGUCGGAUGCAUACAAAGUGAGAGGUUAGCACUUCUCAGGUUCAAGGCAGGCCUCAAAGAUCCUCAUCAACUUCUCUCCUCAUGGAUGGGUGCAAACUGUUGUGCAUGGACAGGAGUGUCCUGCGACAACGAAACAGGGCACGUCAUCGCCAUCGACCUUCGAUACCACCAUCUAUCCAAUGAUCAUUCAACUGACUGGCGUUUGGGAGGUGAGAUUGGUUCUUCCUUGCUUGAUCUGAAGGACCUAAAGCACUUGGACCUGAGCUCAAACAAUUUUGGUGGCCGUACCAUUCCACACUAUAUUGGUUCCAUGGCUGAAUUGAGAUAUCUUAACCUUUCUAACGCUGGCUUUAGUGGGAGAAUUCCUCAUCAGCUUGGUAAUCUUUCAAACUUGGAAUACCUUGAUCUCAAUUCAUUCCAUUCUUUGUAUGAUUUAAAUGCUGACAGUAUUCGAUGGCUCUCUAAUCUCGCUUCUUUGCGAUAUCUCGAUAUGACUAGGGUGACCCUUGCAAAAGCAUCUGACUGGUUUCAUGCUGUCAAUGCGUUGCCUUCUCUCUCGGUUCUUCAUUUACCAUUUUGUAGGCUUUCAAACAUUCCUGCUGCCAUCUCACAUGUUAAUCUCUCUUCUCUUGCCACCCUUGAUCUUUCCAACAACGAAUUUGAUUCGAGGCUCCCAGAGUGGCUGUUCAAUAUCAGCAGUCUAAUAGAACUCCAUCUUCAAGUCAAUCAUUUCCAUGGUUCAAUACCUGAUGUCCUGAAUAACAUGGCUUCUCUUGAGGUCCUUCAGCUAGGAAUCAAUGAUUUUGUGGGGUCAAUACCAUCUACCAUUAAAUACCUCUGUAAUUUGAGGAUUUUAGAUCUGUCAUCUAAUAAAAUUGAUGGAGAGUUGAUGGUCUUUCCAGAAAUCUUUUCCGGAUGUGUUAGGGAGAGCCUGGAGGUACUGAAUUUGAGAAGCAAUAAAUUGAAAGGAAAAUUGGCAGGUUGGCUGGGGCUACUUAAAAGAUUAAUCAUUCUGGACCUCAGUGAAAACUUACUGUAUGGUCCCAUUCCAGCAUCUAUAGGAGAAUUAUCAGCUCUGAAGACAAUAUUUCUUGACCGCAACCAGUUGAAUGGCACACUUCCGGUAAGUAUUGGACAGCUUCGGAAGCUGCAGCUCUUUGAUGUUUCUCUCAAUUCAUUGGAGGGACUUCUAACAGAACAUCACUUCGUGAAUCUCUCAAGGUUGGAAGAUUUGAGCUUGGCUUCAAACCAUUUUGUCUUAAAUAUAAGCUCAGAGUGGGUUCCUCCAUUUCAGUUAAGGCUGAUCGGUUUGCGCUCUUGCCAAUUAGGCCCCAAGUUUCCUGCAUGGCUCCAGACACAGAAGGACUAUUGGGCAAUGGACUUGUCCCAUGGAGGAAUAGCAGAUAUCCUGCCUGACUGGCUAUGGGACUUGUCUCAUCAGAUUGUACUACUAGAUCUCUCUUACAAUCAGCUCGAUGGCAAGGUUCCUGCAUCGUUGAGGUUCGCCAGUAUUUCUAUUCUUAUUUUGAGUUCAAACAAUUUUGAUGGUCCAUUGCCUCCUUUGCCUUCUAGCAUGGAAUAUCUGGAUCUCUCCAACAAUUCAUUUUCAGGUGACCUACUUCCAAUCUUUGCCGGCGAGCCAUUGCUUCUUUCUAAUUUGUUUCUCUCUAAUAACUUGAUUAAUGGUACAAUUCCUGAAUCCAUAUGUACAGCAAGUGGCUUAGUGGCUAUCGAUCUCUCAGGAAAUCUCUUGUCUGGAGGUUUGCCUCAAUGUUGGGCAGAGUUUCCAUCAUUGAUGGUCAUAGAUCUCUCCAACAAUAAUCUCUCUGGUUCAAUUCCAAGCACCAUGCGCUCUCUCACUGUACUCCAAGCCUUGCACUUGGGUAACAAUAGCAUCUAUGGAGAGCUUCCCGAAUCUUUGAAACACUGCAAAAGCUUGGUAACUCUUGAUCUUGGUGGAAAUAGAUUAUCCGGGAUGAUACCGACUUGGAUUGGAACGCUGCCAUUUUUGAAGAUUCUUCGGUUAAGAUCAAACAAUUUUGCCGGCGACAUUCCUUCAGAGUUGGCUCACCUUCCUUCUCUUCAGAUUUUGGACCUCGCAGAGAAUGGUCUGUCGGGUUCCAUACCACAAAGUUUUGGAAACUUUGCUGCAAUGGUAUUGGCACAAAAGGCAAACGAAAGCAUGUUGGAUUCUUAUCAGAGUUCGGUACAGUCUAGUGUUGAUGACUAUGGUCCCAUGGGUUACAUAGAGAACUUGCUGGUGGUGAUAAAAGGAAGGGAACUGGAAUACAGCAAAAAUCUUCAAUAUGUGACAAGCAUAGACAUCUCAAACAACAAAUUGGCAGGUGAAAUCCCUCCAGAGUUGAUGAACCUCCACGGGUUGCACAGCUUAAACAUGUCAGCCAAUCAUCUUACAGGGAUGAUUCCGGAUGGAAUUGGUGGAGUGAGGUUGCUGGAGUCUCUUGAUUUAUCAAGAAACAAUCUUACGGGUCCAAUUCCUACAAGCAUGUCAGCCUUGACUUCCUUGAGCCACUUAAAUUUGUCAUACAAUAAUUUAUCAGGAAGAAUUCCGUCAGGCUAUCAGCUACAAACUCUUGAUGAUCCAUCCAUUUACAUGGGAAACCCUGAACUCUGUGGAUUUCCUCUUGAUAGAACAUGCCUCGAUAACAGAACAUUGAAUGAUCAAAAUGUUACUUGUGGUGAUGGAGAUGAAUGUGGGAUUGAAAUGCUCUCUUUUUACAUUGGAACUAUUCUAGGAUUUGUGAUAGGAUUUUGGGCCAUAUGUGGCCCUCUACUGUUCAACAUAACUUGGAGAAGAAAGUACUUUCAGUUCAUUGAUAGGAUGAACAAUAGGCUUAUGGCCUGUGUUCCUAGAAAGAUAUAG